AUGGCCGACACCAACGGUGGCCCUAACACACCAUCUAUGGACCUCUCCAGUGCUGCUACAACCCAGGUCCGACCAGGCGGUGCCCCAGCGCGGGUAUAUCUGAACGAGAAGAUUGUGCCAUAUCUACUGGAAGGGAUGAAGACCGUGACAAGGGACCAACCUCCCAACCCGCUCCAGGUGCUAGGGGAAUUCUUGAUUCAGAAGAGCAAGGAAGUCGAAGGUGAUGCGAAGAAAGAGUCGGAGUGA